UCACGUCAACGCGUCUGUUGUGUUUUGUUUUUCUCCUUUUAGAUCUUUUGAAUGUGAAUCACAACUUCAGAGAAACGCGUCCAACAAAACGCACGCGUGUGAAGUUUGUGAUGAACGUUGCUCGUCCAUCAGAGAUGGAGUGAGCGAGGCAGACUGGCUCCUGGGUACCAGCUGCAGGCAGGAAGGAGUUAACACUGUCUGCUCCCCCCCACCCCCCACCCGCUUUUCUAUUGAUAGCCAUAUUCCCUCAUUUAUUCCUGCAGUCAGGACGAUGCAGAGCGGCGAGCCGGGAGGAGUUGAGGAGGAGGAACAUGACUGAUUAGCUGCUCUGCAGUUGGCUGAUUGCUGACAUCAGUAUCAGGAUGGCGCACCUCUUCCUCACCAGUAAGGUCACAAUGCCGGACGACCUCCACAGCAAAGGCGGUCCCAGGAUCCCAAGGAGCGCCAUGAAGUCGGCGACAUCAAUCUCUGCAGAGAAGCUGAACCGGAGCAAACCCAGGAAGGACCAUCGCGUCGUGGUGACGCGCGUCCCGCACGUCAACGAGGUCCAGCUGACGGCGGCCACCGGCGGUGCCGAGAUGUCCUGCUACCGCUGCACUGUGCCGUUUGGCGUGGUCGUCCUCAUCGCCGGAGUCGUGGUCACGGCGGUGGCAUACACCUUCAACUCUCACGGGUCCACCAUCUCGGUGCUUGGGCUAGUGCUGCUGUCUGCUGGUCUGGGACUACUGGGCUCCAGCGCCAUCUGCUGGAGAGUUCGACUGAAGAAGAAGAUGGACAAACGGAGGGAGAGCCAGACCGCCCUCAUGGCCGGACAGGGCUACUGCGUGGCCUGAUCACGUCCAGAUGAGACCGUGCACCUGAACGCACCAGACUGACAAUGGCAGGAUUGGUAAUUUAGUGCUGCCAGGUUAAGAGAUGGUGAAGAGACGAUGAUGUGGGUCACAUGACUGUAACUGUGGGACCAGGACUUCUCCACAGUGGACGAUAACUCAACUGUCUUAAACAAGUUGCACUGUCACCAAAAGUUUUAAUGAUCGAUCAGUCGAUCAGUCGAUCGCGUCACUGGACGAAAUAAACAUUCACCUUUCGUUCUUUUCUCUGUUCCGGGUUCGUUACAACUGUUGUUUGGACAAAACAAGACAUUUGACGAUGUCACUUUGAGAUCGGAGAACUUCUGUUGAGAACUACAUAUAUUACAUAAUAUUGCCAUGGAAACCUGUUACUAAACAUGGUUGGAAGGAUAUUUGGAAGUAAAGACUGAUCUGUCAGCCAGGUAAAAAAACGGGGAAUUAGAAUUCUUUUGAAAAACAUCAUUUAGUUGUCAGAACAGCUAAUUGAAAGCACAGACUAAUAAUCAAUAGGAAUAUUAUAAACUCCCACAUUCUGUACAGAUAACAAGUGAGUCACUGCAUAGACUAUAUUCACACAGCGGCCAUUUUCUUCUGACGUCACGCUGUCGUCCCGCAGUGAUCCAGGUUUAUAAGUCCUACGAGACAAUGAGUUAAAAUCUGAUCAUGUUUCACUGUACAACAACAUAAGAGCUCAUUUGCUAGACAGCAGCUAACGUUAGCAGCUAGCACAUUGUAGCUUACAUCAGUGUUGGAUACUUUGAUGUGGGAAACCAUGAUGGGAGUUUUUAGUCUGAACUAUCAACGUCCAUCUUGGACAAAUGUAUCUCAGACUGGAUGUAAUCAAGUCAAGCUAGCAGCAUAACGUUAGCUUGGUUAAAAUCACGUGACCUCAUCAGCUCACUGGAACAUGUUUCUGUGUAAUGUUCAUCCAGUUUAGAUCAAUAAGAUUGUUCCAGGAACUUUAGCCUUGGAUGGAGCAUUUAGAUCGAUAGCUUGAUUCCAGUGCAUUUGACUUCCAGGCUUGAAUGACUGCGUCCUAGAGGCACCUUCAUCAUUCAGAAACAAUAUUCCCAUUGUAUCAUGUUGCUGUGACAAACAGCAGUGUUAGCCAAGAAGUGGUUGAAUGCUAACGUUAGCGGUUGUGUCGUCGUAGCUAAUGAGCUAAUCUGUAGUUUAACGUUGGUCUGAUGUUCCUCCAGUUUUAUAUUUCUGAACAGAUGAUGCUGUUCUGUGAACCACACAUAAUUCUAACAACAUUAUUUUUAAUCUGUGCUUUUUAUUCAGAGGUUAAAUAAAACGUUGUAUUUUUUGUAGCUUUUAUUCUGAAAGCCUGACGGAUCCAUAUCAGAAGUCGUGAACGCACCUUGUCUGAACUAAUCUAUCUGAUCAUUCUAAUAUUGUUCUCGACUAAAACAGUGAAUCAAUCGACAGAAGCUCCGACGACAGCUGACUCCAUGUGAUUAGCUGAAUCAAUGUAUGAUGAACAGUCUCUGUCACUUAAUGCUGCUAAUAAUCUAUGGAAUAAAAGGUACUUCACAGCUUUA